AUGCCCCCGGGAGGCCCGGCCUGUAUAACAUGCCGUGAAAAAUGUCGUAAAUGCGACCGCACAAAACCCGUUUGUCAAAGAUGUGUCACCAAAGGCCUUGAGUGCAAAGGAUACCCGGAAAGAUUCCGCUUUGCGGGGAUAGCAACCCGGGGCAAGUGGAAGAACCGCGCGGUCCCUACGGUGAGCCGUGGCCAUGCUGUCCCGACUCAGCUAGACAUCGGAACUGAUCAUCCGGAUCCAAGCCAUCAAGAUUCUGAUCAGCAGGAUCCAAGUGCUUUGACCUCAAGCGAGGAUCAAAAUGUUGGACCUCUGCCAAUUAUCGAACAUUUCUGGCCACAGCCAGAAGGGCGAACCGUGGAGUUGGACGAUUUAUUAAUGCUCGAACGGACGGAACAGUUGUUGACACAUUAUGACAAGAUUGUAUGUCCACAUCAAAUCGCGCUUCCAGCAGCCGGCGCGGACAACCCCUACCAAGUGCUAGACAUCAUCCGUUCACUUGCAGAUCCACAAAGGCUAUGUUUCUCCCAGGAGCUUCGUGACGCUGUUGCCACUUUGAGCGACUUGAAAUUCGAGCGAGUCAAUGGCUGUCCACGCGACAUGUUCCUGGUCAUGGGAAAAGUCAUAGAAUACGCCAAGGCACAUGCCACGGGCAAGAUAGGAACGCCAGAAUUCGAGCGACUCCUCAAUCUUUGCCGGAAUGAGUUCUACUCAUGGCGUUUGAAGACUGACAGAUAUCCAAACGAUGAUCACCGCUGGUCUGCAGUUGCCGAGGCAUUCCGUCACGCAUGCAUACUGCAUACAUCUCGCUUGUUGGAUGUCACUCAACCGGCCGAAGCGCCGAUAAUACAAAACUCCGUGGCAGCGAUUUUGGACUCCUUGGCGAAAAUUCCCGCAGACUGUCAUCUGAUCGAGUUGGUGGUCAUGCCACUUUUUAUGGCUGGGGCCGAUGCUUUGUCCCUGUACGCUCGGCAUUACGUCCUCCUGCGAUUCGACCAUAUCCGGGCUCAUGGUGGGGUGGGUAACCAUAUGUCGAUUUCUCUGCUCAAGUCCGUUUGGGACGGUCGAGGUAGACAGGCGAAAAAUGACAGCAGCAACAUUCCAUGGGUGUGGUUUACUCGCGACGCGGGAUCGGAGCGGCAACAUGACUAUCUUAUUAUAUAA